AUGGCGGCUCUCACAGACCUCUCUUUUAUGUACCGCUGGUUCAAGAACUGCAAUCUUGUCCGGAACCUCUCAGACAAGUAUGUCUUCAUCACAGGCUGUGACUCGGGCUUUGGGAACCUACUGGCCAAGCAGCUGGUUGAUCGAGGCAUGCGGGUGCUGGCUGCUUGUUUAACCCAGGAGGGCGCCCAGAAGCUACAGCAAGAUACCUCCUACCGGCUGCAGACCACCCUAUUGGAUGUCACCAAGAGUGAGAGCAUCCAGAUGGCAGCCCAGUGGGUGAGGGACCAAGUGGGCGAGCAAGGUCUCUGGGCCCUGGUGAACAACGCUGGUGUGGGCCUGCCCAGUGGUCCCAAUGAAUGGCUGACAAUAGAGGACUUUGUGAAGGUGAUCAAUGUGAACCUGGUGGGACUGAUCGAGGUGACCCUCCACAUGCUACCCAUGGUCAAGAAAGCCCGGGGCCGGGUCGUCAACAUGUCCAGCUCUGGUGGUCGUGUGGCUGUCAUUGGUGGUGGCUACUGUGUCUCCAAGUUUGGUGUCGAGGCCUUCUCUGACAGCAUCAGGCGUGAGCUCCACUACUUUGGAGUUAAAGUCAGCAUCAUCGAGCCUGGGAACUAUCGGACAUCCAUUCUGGGCAAGGACAGCAUGGACUUGCGCAUGCAGAAGCUGUGGGAGCAGCUGCCUCAGGAGACGCGGGAUAGCUAUGGAGAGGAGUACUUCCGUAUCUAUACUGAGAAGUUAACAAACAUGACUCGGUCAGCGGAGCCAAGGUUCAGAGAUGUCACCAAUAGCAUGGAACAUGCCAUUGUUUCCCGGAGCCCACGCAUCCGCUACAACCCUGGCCUGGAUGCCAAAUUCCUCUACCUCCCCUUGGCUAAGUUGCCCACCCCUGUGACAGAUUUCAUCCUGAGCCGGUACCUUCCAAGGCCAGCAGACAGUGCCUGAGCUGGGGAAGCCCAAAGGGUGGUCAGUGAAGUGUCCAGAAGGGAUCUGGGAGAAGGAACUCUGAGGUCACAAAAGGUGGCAUCAGACUUUCUGGGGACACUUUGCUUGGCUGACACACAUUGCUGGUGAAUUUAUGGGUAACUUCUAAUAGAAGAUGAGGACCUCUUCCCAAUCCCUGGGGCCACACAGAAACCUGCGAUGGCCUUUGCAGGUUCAAAGACCUGCAGGAUGGCCCCAAGAAUAUCUGUCAUCUGAUCAGUAUAUGGCUUUUUCUGGACCUGGGAAAGUCAAGGAGACGAUAACUAACUCCUGCUGAAUUAUGACCCUCCCUUAGUGGUCGGUGCCAUUGGGAAACACUGUGGCACAAUCCAGCCCACAGGCGAGUCUCAACCACUUUCUUAUUGGGUCUCUCAAGAUGCAUUAACCUCUUACACACAACCCGUUAUUUGAAAUGUGUGGUAGGACAGACGGAGUACAUGAUUAAACAGGGAAAGUUUAGAAUAUUUUCUAUUUGGAUUUCUCUAUCUGUAGGUGAUUGGGGCCCACAUAAAAUAAU